AUGGCUGUAACCGAUCAAGGCAACUCGACCGGUGUCGAGACUGCUGCAACUGUCACUCCGACGGACACAGGACUUGAUCCUAGUGAUCCUCUGUAUCUUCAUCCAUCUGACAACCCAGGAGCUAUGCUGGUUUCAACUGCAUUCGAUGGGAUAGGUUAUAGAUCUUGGAGGAGAAGUGUAUUGAGAGGUUUGUCUGUGAAAAAUAAGCUAGGCUUCAUAAGCGGAGAGUGUAAACAACCUGAUACUUCAUCACCUCAAUUUCGACAGUGGGAACGUUGUGAUAAUAUGGUAACGUCUUGGAUUCUAAACUCACUCUCUAAGAAAAUUGCAGACAGUGUGGAAUAUGCAAGCGAUACUGUUGAACUUUGGAAGGAAUUGGAGGAUCGAUAUGAGCAAACUAAUGGAGCUAGGUUGUAUCAAAUUCAGAAAGAAAUUAAUGAUCUCUCCCAAGGAAACCGAGACAUCACUGCAUAA